AUGUUUUUGUUAGAAGAUUGGAAAAUAGCUGACAGAGUGCCAUCGGGAGGUCCGAUGAAUCCUCCAAGUAUACCUACAAUUAGUAUGGCUGCUGAUGAAGAAGGUAGUUUGAGUGUUGAAAAAAAAGAAGUGGAAGGUAAAGGCUGUAGACAGAAGCGCCCGGCCCAGACAUUAUUAAGUCCAUUUACUGAUCCUUUGAGGAAGAAGAGGACAAUGAGUGUGUCGGAUGCGACUGCAACCCCGCCAUGUUUUGAUCCAUCAAAACCGCUGCCCAUUGAAGAUGUGAAGGCAGUAAUAGAUUUUUGCACUGCCUGGAAAAACGAUAUCAGUGUGCAGGUGCAGCUUGAAGCAUUUUCAGUGGGCGCUGAUUUUUUCUACAAACUCAUCGAUGAAACGGCAUGGAUUAGCUCAAGGCACCUGGAAAUGGCAACCUUUCUUAUCCGGAAACGGCAACUCUCUCAUCCGUUGCUAUUUGGAACCGACUGGACAACGGCAGAUUAUGCCUUGCAGAGCCGUUUAAAAGCGACUGGCAAGACACGUGGAUCGAAGAAGGCAGCAGCUUCAAACACCAGUGACCUUCCAGCCAACAAGCUGAAGAAUUUGAACCACAAGAACAAGCUGUUGAGAAUCCUGAGUUAG